UACCUUUUAAGAAAUCAGUGACUUCCUUACUUGAAGAAUGUGGACCUAGUGGCUAGAUUCAAGGAGCAAAGCAAGAAGUUGUGAAGGGCCCAGGAAGACAGGAGGAUCAAAUUGGGAUUCCAGCUAUAAGAUAGUGUUUUAAACUCUUUGCCAGUUUGGAUUAUCAGCUCUGAAAUGAAAAGAAGUUUAUAUUAAAACAUUGUAAUUUUCCUCUGAACUGCUAUACGUAAUAAUAUGGAUGUUAAAUUCUCUUCAGUGUACAUGUUGGAUUCAUAUUCUUGUACAGUAAAUCUAUCUGUGUGUAUGAAGUAUAUUUAUUGAGAUAUAGGAUGUUUAAGAACACUCCCAGAGGCCUUUUUAAAUUAAGAGAAUGUCUGUGGUAUACCAUUUGUCACCUGGGUGGUUACUGGAUCAUCUUUCUUUUAUUAAUAAGAUAAACUAUCAACUUCACCAGCAUCAUGAGUGCUUUUGCAGAAAAAAUGAGCCCACUUCUACUGUCUACGGUGAUUCUGUCUCCUCUCUUGGAGCCUGUAGUACAUUUGCUGCUUCUGACUCUACUACUCAGCCAGAGAACAAUGAUGGAAGACAUUAUGAAGUGUUCACACAAAAAUAUGUUUUUCGACCUGAACUGUUUGAUAUCACCAAGCCUCAUAUAACUUCAGCUGUUCACAACAAAUAUCAGCAAAGUAAUGAAAAGAAAGAUCUUAGGAAUGAUGUUAAAGAAGAAAUCUCCAUUUCUGUUAUUGGGAAGAAACGUAAAAGAUGUGUUGUUUUCAAUCAAGGUGAAUUGGAUGCUAUGGAGUACCAUACAAAGAUUAGGAAGCUGAUUUUGGAUGGAUCUUUACAAUUAAUCCAAGAAGGUCUCAAAAGUGGUUUUCUUUAUCCACUUUGUGAGAAGCAGGACAAGUGUAGUAAGCUUAUCUCUUUACCACUUGAUACCUGCAGUUUGUCAGAAUUAUGUGAAAUGGCAAAGCAUUGGCCUUCUCUAAAUGAAAUGGAACUUCAAACAUUACAGUUGUUGGAGGAUGAUACAUCUGUUGCAGAGCAGGAUUUAUUUUCACGGGUUGUGGAAAACAACUCCAGCUUUACAAAAAUGAUUACUUUAAUGGGACAGAAAUACCUGCUGCCACCGAAAAGUUGUUUUCUUUUGUCCGACAUUUCCUGUAUGCAACCACUUCUGAACUGUGGGAAAAAAUUUGAUGUAAUUGUGAUAGAUCCUCCAUGGGAGAACAAAUCAGUUAAAAGAAGUAACAGGUACAGUUAUUUGUCACCUCUGCAAAUAAAGCAAAUACCUGUUCCGAAAUUGGCUGCUCCCAACUGCCUUAUUGUUACUUGGGUGACCAAUAGACAGAAGCACCUACAUUUUGUGAAGGGAGAACUUUAUCCUUCUUGGUCUGUGGAGAUGGCUGCUGAAUGGCACUGGGUAAAAAUCACCAGUUCAGGAGAGUUUGUGUUCCCAUUAGACUCUCCUCACAAAAAACCUUAUGAAGGUCUCAUACUGGGGAGAGUUCAAGAAAAAACUGCUUUACCAUCAAGAAGUUCUAAAAGACUACAUCAAGCCGGAUGGGGAAUGUUUGGAAUUGUUUGCUCGAAAUUUACAGCCAGGUUGGACUAGUUGGGGCAAUGAAGUUCUCAAAUUUCAGCACAUGGAUUAUUUUAUUGCUGUGGAGUCUGGAAGUUGACUGUGAUCCUAAUUAAAGUAGUGGUUUCUUCAGUGUUUCUGCAUCACUUUUCUCUUCAUUCUAACUCACUUCUUCUUUUGAUACCAACCAGUUUGCUUAGAAAUGUAAAUGGGAGUUGGUUUUCAACCAGAAGUGACUAGCUUUCAUGUAAUUUUGAGAUAAAUUUUAUUUCAGUUCUAGUAAUGUUCUACAUUAUUCUAGAAUCUACUAAGAAAGAGGUAAGCAGUUAGAAAGAUGGCAAGACGGUACCAUUGAAAAAGUUUGGAAAGCAUAACUGGACCGGAGGCAUAAUCCUGCCUUUGUAUGUAUUUUGUUUAGUCCAUAUGUUGUAAAAAAAAUUUGAGCCAUCAUUGUAAAAAAAAAAAAAAAAUCAGAAAAUUUACAUAAAAGUCUAAAUUUCUGCUUCUCUUUAAACAUCAGAAGUUCUGACUAUGGUGAGGCCUGUGUUCCUUCCUGGCAUCUUUCUGCAGUACCUAGUGGUGACAGCUUACUUGGCAAGAGCCACAUGCUCGCCAGUUUACUACAGCAUUUCUUCCUCUUCCUCACUUAUAUUAUCUGCUUGAUCCCUGUAUGACCCAAAUUUGCAACCUGUGGUAUACUCUGGAAAAAUUAUUCAAGGACCUGCCAAGUACUGCAUUAGUAAACUAACUGAGUUUAUGCGACAUUUUUGGAGGGUUUUAAAUUGCAUUCAAAGUUACUUUUCAAGCACUUCUUACUAUUGCUUGUUUUUCUAGGAAAAAAAUAAUAUAUAUUUCUAUACAAAUGUCAAGAAGUAAACACUACUUAUG